AUGGCCGAAUACACCCCUCUCACAUCCCUCUCCCCCGACGAGGAGGAUUUCAGGACCACGAAGAAUAAUGGCCAGUAUAGUCGCCGAUUCCCCAAAUUCCCUACAGAGAACCAGAGGACGCUUCUAUGGCUGACCAUCGUAAUUGGGGCCAUAGCUAUCGCUGCUGCUGCCACGUUCCACAUCAGCGUUCUAUCGACGAACCCGGGAACUGUUCCGUUGUACAGACCGGACGAGCUUGUCUCGAGCUUGCGGAUGGUGCAACCUUCGCCAUAUCUCGAGGAGGGCCGCAAGAACAUUCACAAGAACAACAAGAAGAAGAUCCCGAAAAUGACGUUCCCUGCCUCUAUGGUGCGGGCGAACGCGGCGGAUCCUAACAAGGUGUAUCACUCGGGAUCAUCUAUUGUGCUGAGUUCUUCGGAUUCAAUGUUCUACCAUUGGAGAGUCAAAGGCUCUUGGCCGACAUGCUACAUUUCUGGCUGGGUCUCCCCUGCUGACAAGCUUGGGAAGGCCGGCAAGAGUUAUCGGGUGGAUGGCGACGUAACCGCUAUUGAGAUCUGGAACGUGUCUUCUCCAGUCACGAAGUCGUUGAGUUGGAAUACCCGCCCACAGCGAUUAUCGCUCAUGGGCACGGUCAACUUCACGGCGCGUGACGUCCAGAACCGGUACAGGUUCCUUGACGGCCAAGAGUUGAGGGAUCCGACACCUCGUUUCGACUGCUCAGACGAGACGGACGUGAACAUUGAAAUCUCGUGUGCGUCGUGUCGCUUGGAAUUUGAACAGAUUUUCUCGUCGCCCGCUCUUGGGUUUGAGGUACUCGAGUUGGCAUGA